AUGAUAUUGACUACUUCUAAAAUUGGUCAUUUUGUAAUUUUCCUUACAUUUAUCUACCUCAAUGGCCGUAGCGUUGCUGAUCUGCCCCUUCAAUGCAUUCCAAUUGAAGAAAAUGACUUCAAAGAGUACUAUGAGAUGCAUGGGAGUGACUCAAAUCGGCUGAUUUAUAGAGCUAGUGAGUUGUAAAAUACGGAGGGAAUCAAUUCGUGAUCAUAAACCUUGUUUUAGAUAUCAACAAAAGUGUGGAUGACACUUUUACCGACAAUCAUUUGAUUGGUAGGUUUUUUGAAAAUUUGAUUUUUAUAAGACUGGCUCUGAUUUACACUGAAGUUUUCAAAGAUGCAUGUGAAAACGUUAGGUUGCACAAACUGACAAGAUUUAUAGAGCAAAAUAAAAAAUUUUGAAGACCUUUCACAUAGAAAUUUUCGUUGUUUCUGCAAAGCGCGAGCUUAGGUAUCUCGAACAUAACCAACUGUCGGGAAAACAAUGUGGAUUCGUCACGCUUUGAAAUCGCCCAUUUGCGCGCUGCGACGCCAGCCGCGGAUGGAGAUUUGGUUCGCGACACGACAAGGAGAGACGUUUUUUUUACGACAAUCCACAUUAUUUUCCCGACAGUUGGUUAUGUUCGAGAUACCUAAGCUCGCGCCUUGCAGAAACAACGAAAAUUUCCAUGUGAAAGGUCUUCAAAAUUUUUUAUUUUGCUCUAAAUCUUGUCAGUUUGUGCAGCCUAAAGUUUUCACAUGCAUCUUUGGAAACUCCAUUCUACAUCAGAGCCAGUCUUAUCAAAAUAAAAUUUUCAAAACUACCAAUCAAAUGACUUUCCAGGCGUAAAAUUCUACCGGAUCAUCGUGGAUGAUCAAUCGCCGGACAACGUCGCGCUGGUCGCCAAUUACACUGACCAUCUGCGGUUUUACAAUCUUGAUAAAGCAGAUGAGUAAGCCAAUUUUUGAUGUCUUAUUCAGCUCUGACAACGCGUUUUAGAUACAUCCGCCGAGACGAUGUUAACAUCUCUUUGGAUCGAAUCUUCACCUACAAACAUUACAUUUUCUACUCACCCUCGGGGUUUAUUUUACUCAAUCAAUCUCAUGUGGAUGAAGAUAUGACUGAAGCGAAUUUGAAAUUGAAUCUAACGGAAGAUGAGUUGGCCGAGAUCAAAGUCAAAUGCUGGGUAAGGAGGAGAGGUUGUGUUAUAGGGGACCUCAGACCUCAGUUUUCACUUUAAAAAUUUGCUAUUUCGUAGACAAAAAUUAAUGUCGCUUAAAAAUACAUAUUCCAAAAACGAGGUCUCUGCGCCGCCUCCGCCGAAAGUUAUAGCCUCCCACUUUGCUUCACGUUUCUUGCAAGACCCUGUAUUUGCGACUCAAGCAAAAAUCAAGGAAAAAGUUCCUUAUUUUGGCCACAACAAAGAUACUCCGCGAACUGCGCCCAAGCUUGGGCACUAAAGUUAGGAAAAAACGCUUCGACCUAGCUGGCACUGAAUUACUAUAAUAGCUCUAUAGUUUUAAGAGUACCUACGAAGGCUGUGACGACUCAUUUAGUUCCAUACGGAGGCAAUAAGUUUAGUUCCGGACAUGUUUCAUCGUAUAAAGUGUAAAAUCGCAGGCUGCAGCCGUUUUUGAAGGGUAAGGUGGCACGUAAAAAAGAAGGUACCUCACUAACUAAAUCCACUGUCCGGGCAUUGACAACGAUAAAUUGAGCGUUCACGCUAAAUUUGGGCUAAUUCCGAGCAGUUUCCGCAAAGUUAUAAGUUGUGGCCAAAAUAAGGAACUUUUACCAAAAUCAAACCUUUUGUAGAACCCGAAUAGCAAGUGCAUAACGGAAGAAGGCCGAUUGGUGGAGACGAAAAUGAAUAAUAGUUUCGUCAUGUACAGUGCUGAAGGCAUUCAGAUCCGAGGGUAAGUCACAAAAAAAUUUCAACUUUUUUCCUUCGACUAGUUUUGGGGUGAGGUUUACCCGCCUCUCCCCUCCACCCUAGCUGCGCCCUGGGCGUAUUUUACACGUGCAAGUUUUCAGAGUUGCCAGCUCGAACAAAUUCUUCAUCCACGACAAGGUCUCACACAAAAAUUUCUGCUUUCCUGAUGAUCUCAAAACGCACCGAGACUGCGAUGAAAGUGAGGUAAGGAACUUGGAGUGAAUUUUACAAUAGAAUUUUUAGAGUAAAUUGGAUAUUGUUUCCAUUUUCGGCAAAAAUCGCUUUUAAAAAAUAAAAUAAAAAAAGAAAAAAUAAAAAAAUAAAGUAAAACGUAAAAUAAGAUAAAACAAAAUAAAUGAAAAAAUAAAAAAAUAAAAUAAUAAUAAAUUAAAAUAAAAUAAAAAAUAAAAUAAAAGAAAUCAAAAUAAAAUUAAAAAAAGAAACAUAAACAAAUCAAAAAAAAUAAAGUGAAAAAUUGAAUAAAUAAAACAAAAUAAAGGAAAAAAUAAAAAAUAAAAAUAAAAUAAUAAUAAUAAUAAAUUAAAAUAAAAGAAAUAAAAUAAAUAAAAUUAAAAAAGAAAAAAAUAAAAAAAAUGUAUAGAACAGUAAUAUUUGAAUUCUUAACACUGAUAACACUUUUUCAGAAAUUCCAAGAAGUUGACAGCCGCUUUCCAUUGAUUCGAAAGGAUUCACCAUUUUUGAAAAGGCGAUUAGCCUUUAUCAAUGUGCCUUAUCCACGAGUUCAACGGAAAUUGGGAGGAUGCCAGAAAAAAAUAAAUCCAAAUAUAGACAAAAAAGACCCGAAAAAAUUGAUUUUAGAGAGCAAAACCAGUAAAAAGGUCGAAUAAAUAAAUUAAAUAUUUUUGAAAAGUUUUAAUUUUUUUUGAAAAUAAAAAUGAAAUAGUUUUUUUUAAAAUAUAUUUUACAAAAAAUAUAUUAAUUUUUUGAAAAAAUUAUUUAUUUUUCCGGGUUCUUUAAAAAAUGUUUUAUUUUCUGGAAAUUUUGAUUUUUUCAUUUUGAAAAAAAUAUUUUUUUUUUGAUUUCAAAAUUUUUUCCAGUGUUCUUUUUUAUUUUACAAUCGCCAUUCCAGAAAAAUUUUUUCAAAGGUCGUUUGAAACUCCUACCGAGUAAGGUCAGGCAAGGUCGAUGGCUCUCUUCGGAAUUGUUUUACCUUUUUCACACUAAUUUGUUCGAACAUGUUUUUUGUUUGAAACUCUUGCAAUAUAUUUACACCCACAUCGAUUAUAGGAAAAUGGAAGCUCUAAGCUUGAAAAUAGAAAUGUGGUCGAAGACAAUCGAAUUUUAAUGGCAUAAAACAAGAUAGCUGAAGAUCGAUUUAGAUGAUUUCUUCCACAAUAAAAGUAUUUUUAAUAUACUAGAUGUGAAAAUACGUUUUAUAUAUACACAAAUACCGCAUUGAUUACGAGAUGUAACGUAUUGUUUUAUUACCACAAUUAACCAUAAAUUUUAAAAACAAAAAAUUACCAACCGUUGCCUAAAAUACAGUACAUCAAAAAAUAUUUAUUAAUUUAAAAUAUUUUUAUAAAUAAAAUAUUUAUAAAUUAAACUAUUUAUAUUUUUUUUAAAAAAUCUUAAAUAUUUAGUUUAAAAAAAUAUACAGAGUGUUCAUUAUUUUUUCGACAGACUAAUAAAUAAAAAAUAAAUUUUAAUUUCCCCCUUUUAUUUUUAACCCCUUUGUCCUUCAAAUUCUUCAAAGAUCAUUUUUAUUUUUGUCCAGGUGUUUUAAAGAGACGAAUCUCUGGCCAAACGGCUCAAAAUAAACGGCUGUCAAAUGGACUUUGUUUUCUAUUUUUAUUGAAUUUGGUCUGAAAACCUUAUUCAUUUUGUUCUUUGCGCAAAAUAUUUUGAUAUAUGUCGUGCCGAUUGUGAGCGGCCGAGCAACAUUUUCACUAUGUUACAGUAACCCAAUCGCCAAAAUUUCGAUCCCAAUAUGCCAAAAUCUAUACAGUGGGGUACCUGAUCCAGUGGCAAAAAAGUACCAUUUUGCAUCCGGGAAGUAUAAAAAAUGUGGCAAAAUGCUUCCCUCUCCAAGUGAAAAAACUCUGAUUUCAAGAGCGCGCCCGCUCUUUUUGUAAUUUUUACUUGGAGAGGGAAGCAUUUUGCCACAUUUUUGAUGCUUCCCGAAUGCAAAAUAGUACGUUUUUUGCCACUGGAUCGGCUCCAUCAUUGUACACUACCGAUUUUAACCAUUAACGAUGCAUACUUUCAGAGUAAUACCCAAUUACUUUAGUGACUGGACAAUUGGGCAAAAAUGUCUCACUAGUAUGCUAGUGGGGCGUGCUUCCCGCCAUAUUAAAACAAUAAUCUCAAAAUUGACUUUUUUCUUUAGCCACGGCUGAUUGCGGCUCAGAAAUUGUGCCAUGUUUCAUAAAAUAAAUAUGAGCGUCAUACUUGUGGCACUUUCCCUGCACCAUUUGAAACUCAUAUUCGGAAUGAGGAGAAUUAUUUUUCUAAUUACAUAUUCCCCUCCGGUUUCCUCACCUCCUGGCCUUAUUAUCCGCUUCUCACUUGCUGCCUCUUUUCCUCUGCCGUCCGGCUUCCAUUGCGUGGUCGUUGCUCGCGAAAGGAAGUGACAACCCGGCCUUCGCCGUCAUCUUGAGUGUGUGAGGACUAAUUUGGCAAGUGUUUCGAGUUUCAUUUCGGCAAAGGAAGGUGCUUGUUUUUGGGGAAGUAAAAGUGGAAUUGCUCUCUUAGCGGGUAAGAUACGAGGAAUUUUCUUCAAAACCCAUAAUUUUCCUAACAAGCGAAGUACUCUAUGUGCGGCGUUCAGAUUUUAAGGUGAUUUGGUGGAAAUAUAGAAUAAUUUUUUAGGAUAUUUAUGAACCUCCAAGCUCGCGCUUUGCAAAAACGACCGGGAUUUUUGUUUCGAAGGUUGGAGAAAAUGUGACAGAUUUUUCUGCGGAUUUUGGUACACAAGGUUCCACACCUAUUUCUACUCCCUCGGCGUCAAAAAUCGUUGAACGCCGCGGCUUUGUAAGGAAAGCGCGUGUUAGAAUCUUCGGGAGCAGAACUUGAGGUAUUCCCUAUCUGUAUGCAGAAUUUAGAGAAAAUCGAGCGUGGCACUUGAAUGAAUAAUUUUUUAUAAGAUAUCUCGGCUCUUCCUGCAUAGUACAUGCUGAAAAUUUACUAUUAUUUUGUUUAUGUCUUUCCACGUACAAGGUUUGACAGAAAUCGGAGCCUUCUCUUUGAGGUACCACUUCGUUAAAAAUGACUGUUGUUUUAUAUACGUGUUUUUGGCGUUUUUGUCGUAUAGCAUCUCGUCGCUCUUUGCAAGUAAAAAACGAAAUUUUCUGGAGUUGACAUGUGUCAUAUGCAAAAUUAUUAGUAUCCACAAUUUUGUGAAAAGCGGAGAGUCGCACGUAGGUUGCCACUCUUUUUCGUGAAAUUGACUGUUCCUAGACUUUUUUCACCAUUUUAAUAUUGUCGAUAGAUCAAGAGUUUACUGAUAUUUGGUCUCGCAAUGACGUCAGCCAAUUGUUUCAAUUUUUCUCUCGCGUCAUAUAUGUGAUUAAAAUACAUUUUUAUCAAUUGCUCUCUUCCGCUAGCAAUUCCCUGCACUCCUUACGCAAGUUAGGUGUGUCUUCUGGAAAUGAAAUUAUUCUUUUCGUGAUAAUCGCCUCUAUUUUUGUAUGCUUAUUAACAAAACGUCUUCCAGCAGAAUAUGUAAAUUUGACAAAGCAGUAGAACAAAAGGCCAGCUUUCAGAAAAUAUCAAUAUUAAAAGGAACCCCGCAGUAUAAACUCAAAAAACUCAAUGACAAUUAAUUUGCCAGUUCCAUGUGGAAAAAUUGAUUUUUCGUGAAAACGCUACGCUCUAUGUACAGCAGAAAUAGGCGUGUAACUUUUCAUUCCAAAAAUUCGCAAAAACUGUUAUUUUUUACCAACUCUUGUUCUAAAGAUCUCGGUCAUUUCUGCAAAUCGCAUGCUAGGAUUCUCACAUAUGUCUUAGAAAAAAUUAGUUAAAAUUUGUGCCAAGUUUCAUCACAGUCUGAGCGUCGCACUUGGGGUGCUUCCGCUGUAAGAUUGUAAUUACAGGCGUAUUUUAGCUCCUAUUUUUCAAAUAUUAUCUCUAAUGUCGUCCCUUCUUGACUCUUUUUGAUAUUUUCUUCCUUUUCCCUCCAAAAAUUGUGAGAUCGUAAUGUUCUACCGAAUACCUGGAAGAAAGCUCUCCAGUUCCGCCAAAAUUCUAAUUUCUUUAAUUUCCUUGUAUUACACGCCUCGGAAAUGUCUCCAAAAUGGCUCGAAAACAAGCCAGAGAAACGGAGAGUUCAAAAGAGGUCGUUAAAAAUUGCCAAGACCAGUUAUAGCAGGCGAAAAAGUGCUCUAAACACUUCUGAGACGGUUAAGGAGACAUAAAGAGAAGGAACGGACAGUGCAAAUUUGAGAGCCCGAGAGAAUUUCAUUAAAACGGAGGGCGACGAGAUUUUUUAUGGACGUUUUUUUCUCCGCUUCUCUCUCAAGGACAAAAGAAGCAGGGAGAGUCAUUCUUGAGCCCUUCUCCUUUGUCGACUGCGCCCUGCGGGCAGCCCGAGAAGGGACGGAGUUUUUGUCACCCGCGGGUCGUUGCAAUGGGUCGCGGAUGAGAAGAGAGGGCCGCGGCCUGCGCGAGGGGCCUUCCUUUGUGCUCUAUCUCUUUUUCAUGUACUUUUCGCCAAAGCACUGGACCCAAAGAGAACGAAGGCCCUCCCCAUCACUAGUCCAGAAAACCGGUAAUCAGUCUGUCGGGAAAAUAAUGACCACUCGGUAGCAUCGAAAAUCGCAUCGCCGCCAACAAAAUGAGCUAUGCCGCAGCAACAUCAAAUUUCUUUUCACUUCAGCUAUUGCACCCAUUAUUUUCCCGACAGACUAGAGAAGAAUAACAGUAAGGGUUGCAGCGACAAUGGCAAAGUUUAUCCGCUUACAGUUAGGCUUUAUGGGCCUUGCAGUCUCCACAACAACUCUCAAAACAUACUCUCUGCAGAUCAAAUUGAAUUGCCCUUUUGUGAGCCCUGCUUGACCAGAUUUGUCAACAACAUACUGUCGGUUCGCCUCUCAGCUAGCUGAUUGAAAGCUUCAGCGUUAUUAGGUCACUGGUCCGGCCCCUUCCUCUCCUUCCCAUUCAAGAUGAUCCGCCGGACCUGGGCCACUGCCCUGUCCAUCUUCUCUAUUCUGAUUAAUCUUUGCCUGAGGUCUCUUGACUGCCCGCGGACAUUCUGUACUCUCUCCACUGUUCUUUUCCUUGACGCCAGUGUCUCCGUUCCCCGCUUUAGACCCUCAUCCAAAGCCCACCGGCCGGCCGCGGCUUUCUCUCUUCAGCCCUCUUGGCAGCCCGGCCACUGAGUUCUCUUCAGCCCCUUUCCCAGCCCGGCCGCUUCCCUGUCAUUUCUCUCCUCUUCCCGGAUCCCUUUCCCUACCAUCUCCGUUCGUUGUCAAGAAGUCCCCCAAACGGAGCGGGAACAACGCUCUCUCUUCCUCUUCGUUGGUCGGCCGCUUCCUUCUCUAGGGCCCUCUUGCCAGCCCCAUCGCGGCUAUCUCAUGUCAGCCCUCUUACCAGCCCCGCCAGCGUCUUUUCUUCAGCUUCCUCUCAGCCCUAUCCGUUCCCAGCCCGGACGUUUCCCUCUCUGCAGCCCUCUUUGGAGCCCGGCCGCUUCCUGGUCCGAAAGAGCUUCCCAUCCGGGUCUUUUUCUCUCUCCUUCCGAUGUCAAAAAGUCCCCUCUCAUUCAAUCCCUUUUAGCCGGCUGCUGCCCUCUCGUCAGCCCUCUACCUAGCCCGGCCGCUGCUUUCCCUACGAUCCCCUUUCCAGCCCGGCCGCUUCCCGGUCUGUUCUCUCCUGUUCCCGGUCCGCGACAUUCUCCCCUUCCUCUUCCAUCUUCUUCCGCUGUCAAGAAGUCCCCUUCGACGCGGAGGGAACAGUCCCCGAAGAGGGCGUGGCCAAUCCCAGUGUCCUUUCGCGUUCGCACGUUCAUCGCCGUCCCGGACUUCGUUUCUUCCUCUUCUCAUUCCCUCCGUUUCCCCACCCUUUCGGACGACGCCGUGGGACGGCUGAAAACCGCCGGUGCGAUGGACAUUUGGCGCGCGAAAAAAGCGAGACCAACGAUUGUGCGGGGUCGUGCGACGCCGUUCCGCGAACCAUUCUCGUCGAAGAGAAUGGGCGGAUUUCGGCGGGCUGCGCAAGUCAUGGAAGGCCAUCUUAUUUAUUCGUGUUUAUUCAGCCGCAAUAUUUCGGGGCGAGAUGAAAUUGUAUAUGCAUGCGGAUGGCCACGGUGGAAGGUACUCGGGGAAGCAGGGAGAAGAUGGUGAACAUUAGUGUAGAGGAGGGUUCUGGGGAUGUUUCAGAACCGGUUGAGAUGUAGCGGCUAUACGGCCAGAGGGUCUGUGUGGUGAUUUGAAAAGUUUGAGUUUUUUACGACUAUUGAUGGUGUUCUUUAUGGUAUUGUAAAAGUGGUACCCCAACUUCGUACCGUCAGAUCCUAAUAAAACUUGGCACACUUAUAGAAUAGGGUUUUUUAUUAGAUAUAAGAGGUAUUCAGCAUGUGUCUUUCAAAGGAUAUCGAGAUUUUUUGGAUCAAUAUGUCGCAAAAGUCAUCAUUUUUUAUUUUUCGACAUUUUCUCGAUAAAAAUAGCAUUUUUUUGAUAUCUAAAGAACAAAAUCGACAUCAAAAUAAUAUUUUACAACGAAAAGUCGGCUAGGAAAAGACAUAAGAAGCUUUUUUCUUUGUUCUCUCUUCUCAUUUUCCAUAAUCUCUCAUUUUUAAAGAUGGUUGAAUAUCUCGACUGUCCUUGCAACGAGUCAUCUAAAAUUUUCACCACUAUAAAUAUAGCCUAUGAGAAAUACCUCUGCAAAAUUUAAAGGAAAUCGAACAAACCAUCGCUGCGAAAAAAUGAGAUUUUUUGUUAAAAAGUUAUCAAAAGAGACUCCUUUUAUUUUUUUCCGCAAAACCCGUUUUAUGACGGGUUUACAACCGUUUUUUCCACAACUAUUAAACAUAUUAUCCCUGUUUUCAUGACGCCGCGGUGCAUACACCUUGUUUGCUCUGACCAUUUCUUCCUUGUUUAUUGUUUUGUAGUCUAAAGGGCGCCCCCAAAAAAGCCGCUCAAAGACCGCAUUAAGGUUUACGAGACAUAAAAAUGCGUGGAGGAAUUCAAUCUGGCCAAGGAUUUUGUUUCCUAUAUUUUCGGCUUGCUUUUUUGCCUUUUUUGGAAAUGAAAAGGAAUGGCUUAGGCUGUGAUGCACUUUUUUGGUUUUAAAGGUCAAAUAAAGUAAAAAUAUGGCUUUAUUAUAAACAAAAAUCUGCACAGACUAUGUAAAUAAGACGCACAUCAAUCGCUGAAAAUUUUACCCCAUUUUUUUAUCGACAACCAAGAUUUUUAACUAUUUUUUGGCGGAAAGGAAGGAAAAAUGAUGAGAAAACGUGUGAAAAAUGUUUUUGCCAUAACUUUUGGAAUUCUCUUGGGAAAAAAUUGAUUUUCUCCAAGAAUAUUGUCUACGCCAUUCUUCAUAAAGCACUAAACUUUCAGACCGAAACUUGAAUUUUUUUUUGAUUUUUUCUAUUUUUGGGCAAAAAAUUUUGUUUUUUGGCAAAACACAAAGUAAAAAUUUCUCAUACAUCUUGAAAAAUUGUCGUCAACUUUUGGCAAAAUUUUCUUGCAAUCCGACAUCUUCAUUACAGAAAAAAUUGAAUUUUUCACUUCAAAAAAUUUUUUCGCAAAAAUAUUUUUUCUAGAAAAUUUCUUUACCUUUCUCACUUUUCCAUCGCCUUUUCGCUAUUUUAGCGCCCUCGCAAAGAUUUGGCGGGCAUUUUUUAUUUCCAAACCCGUCAUUGCGCAGUUCCACCUUUAAGGUGAGUGGGCGGGGCUGACCAAAGACCGAGGGAAUCGGGGAAAAAAGAAGGGCCAGUAGUCUGAAUGGCCUUCGUUUAGAUGGCGGCUUCUUUUCCCAGGAUUUUUUUUAGCAAAGGGUUUUGUUUCUCAAUUUCCCGCCAUUUUGCCAAGUUUUUUUGGGUUGGGUAAUUUCAGGGUGGUAUUGAAAGUAAAACCCGUGAAACCGUUGGUUAUUGAGAGGUUACAGACAAGUUAUCCUCAUGAUAAACGGCGUUAACGUGGUUUCUGUGGCAUUUCAUGCUUAUUAGGGCGCAAAAAGACAUCAAUUUUACAUGUACAAGGUAUUGCUGACCUUGAAAAGAAAUGACUUUAAUACUUGACGGGAUCGGGCAAAUCGACCGUUUCUGGCAGCAAGCUUAAGCUUGGUACAUGGAGCGUGUGGCUGUAUAGAAUCUAGGCCUCUGUUUAACGAAUUUCCGCUGUAACGGACGAUUUUUUGGAGUAUCUCCAAGGCUUGUUGCUUUUGGAAAUUUUGAUAUCUAACUUAAUAUUGGAGCUAAACCAACGCUUUGAACGUCAGUAUUUUGGCUUCAGGGCAAUGCUAAUGGCCCUCAAGGUCAAGAGAGAAGGCGACUUUGUUGGCUUUGUUUACAGUUGGAGAUUACUGGCACUUUUUCCCAAGGUAUCAUUUACGUCAUCACUUUGUCACUUUUUGGUCUCUAAAGUAAGUUUAGAGCUAUAGUUGGGUUGGAAAUGCCAUUUUUACUAUUUUCGAUUGCAUAUUGCAACCCAGCAACUGCAGUAUCUGGGUCAGCAACAUUUGGUUUUUAAGAUAUUCGGCUAUUUUCCUUCCCGCUCAACUGUUCCUACUGCAAUAUAAAAAAUUUUCCGAAAGUAACCUUUCUUUAGUCCCUCAAACCCUUCGCGAAAAAAGUAGAGGCCACACAAGUGUCUUGAACGACCUUUGAAGGUCAAUUGACUGCGGCGACAAAAGGGGCGAUAAUUGCACGGUGCGCAUUCCGCCUUCUCGAAAUCACGCGGGAUCCGAUUCAUCGGGUUUGUAGGGAUUUUGAAUAGGUUUAGAAGUGCAAAUAGAGUCUUAUUCUCCUGUAGUUGAACUCAGGAUCAAGUUAUGUUGCGAGAUUUUGAAGAAAUUUGAAAUUUUUUAUUUUUAAAAAACAGGAUUUUUUGAAUUUUUUCGUGGUUAAUUCAACUGUAAAAGCUAGUAUUGUGUAUUUGACCCAACUAAUUUUAUUUUUCCCAAAAAAUUGCAAAACUUGUUGAAAAUUCAAAAAAAUUAUAUUACCCAUGACAACUGGCCCGAAAUUUGCCUCAAAAAAGGUCUUUUGAUCAUGUCAAUUCAAUUUCUUUUAUGAUCCCCACGUCCUUUGGGCCCAAACAGAUGAAGAUUUUUAUGUGAUUCACUUGUUUUGCCACAUGAUCUUCACAAUGAAUUUGAAAUCAGCUGUGGCCCGAAAAAAUCGGCGGUUUCCUGUUUGAAAACAGAUUUUUUUUGGUGGGUUUGAGGACUAGCUAUUGCCAGCUGCCUAGUUCAUGAAUUUGAGGUAGCUGUCAAGGUAUUGAAUGGCUUUUAAAUCAGUUUUUUUCGGGGGAUAUUUUGAGAUUUUCAUGGUUUUUGACGAUUUUUUGGCUGAAAAUCGCAAAUUUUAAGGAAAAAAUCAAAAAUUUCUGACGUAAUGUCAGAGAGAAUGGGGUAAAUUAUCUUUUGUAUUUAAAAACCCGUCUAUUCCAGGCUAUUUUUAGUCAUCAAAAACAAGAUUUUCCCCCAAAACCCCUAUAUUUCUCUCAAUUUUUUUCUUUUUCUAUUUUUUUCCGUUAUAAAAGUCAGAGAGGCCCAUAAAAAAUUUUGGAAAUCCACCGAAAGACAGAUUUAUAUUUAUCACAUCCCCUCGGGCAAUUGGGCGUUCUCGAAACUUCCGCGUGGAACGCUUUUUUUUAUCAGACAAACAAAUUAGUCGGGGGUCGCCAAAAUUCUCGUCAUUAUCGCGCAAAAUUGUUGACAAUAACAAGUUUAUUGGUUGUUGGAAACAUUGAGAUGAUAAUAAAAAAAAUAAUUUUGUUGUAAUUGUUUUGACUGAUAAACUUUUGUUGAAGGCCGCACUGUGCGGUGAGAUUUUUAGUCUAAAAAUCACAGUGCAAGAUAAAAAAAAUUCUUUUUGCACUGUGCAGAAAUGAUUUUUUUUUGUCGCACCGACGAUUUUUUCAAUUUUUUUUAUUGCACCGUGCAGUUUUCCAUGAUUUUUGUCUCCUCGCACUGUGCAAGCAUCACAAAAAAUUUUUCCGCACUGUGCGAUGUCAAUUUUCGGAAUGAAAUUGUCUACGCACGGUGCAGUUUUUAAAAAUUUCUUUAGACUGCACUGUGCAAAAGUCAAAUUCGUUUUCCGCACCGUGCACUCAACGAAAAAUUUGCAUUGCACCGUGCGAUGUUAUUUUCGAUUUGAAAAUGUCUUUGCACUGUGCAUAAAUAUUUUUUCUCCCUGCACUGUGCAAAAAUCAAAUUUUCUUUUCCGCACCGUGCACUCAGCGAAAAAUUUCUCUCUGCACCGUGCGAUGCCAUUUUCGGGUUGAAAUUGUCUUUGCACUGUGCAAUUUUCAAAAAAUUUUUAUUGACUGCCCUGUGCAAAAAUCAAUUUUCUUCUGCACCGUACGGUAAGAAAAAAAUUUUGCUGCACCGUGCGACGUCAUUUUCGGUUUGAAAUUGCCGUUGCAACGUGAAAUUUUCAAACUUUUUUAAACUGCACUGUGCAAUAAAUUUUUCUUAACUUUUUUAAAUUUUGGUCCCACCAUUAAGUUUCUUGCUCCCCAAUUCCCCUUAUUUUAUACUGUUUUGCAUAACAGAAACCUCAUACGGAAUUAGAGUCGUAUAUAGCCGUAAUCUGUACCAGUUUUCAAUUUGUAAUCCGUAAUCCGUCUUGCUCAAAAGAAGGGAGAGUGUGGGAGAAGAGGGGAUUUGCUUUUUUUGGCAUAGGAGAAGGGAUAUUCGGAAGGAAAAUUGGGAGAGAAGAUAACUGUUUGUUUUUGCACUGCAUUGCGCCAAAAAACCUAACAUAUUAGGUUCAUGCAAAAGGAAUUGCGGAUUUUUUAAUUUAUUCGUAUUUUUUUAUAGGAUAGCUCAAUUCAAAAAUGGAAAAAGGUAUAUAGUAGUAAAUUUUAAGAGGAUUUUUUCUGUAUAUGUGCUAUUCUUAUAAAAGUUAUCAAACGUUACCAUAAGUUACCACGAAGGUACCCCAAACAUGUUAGUACAUUUUAAACCAAUUUUUUUACAUAUUUUUUUGCGGCUUUAUCCAUUUUUGAAAAUAUUUUGAUAAAAUACGUUAUAUUCUAUCAAAAAACAAAAAAACCCCAUUUUUGGCAAAGCGUUAAAACGCUAUCCCAAAAAUUCAAAUUUCAGCAAAUUUUACAAAUCGUGUCAUAUCUUUUUUUAAUAAGUCCAAAAUAAAAAAAAGACAUCAAAAUCUUGAAUUUUAUUUUUUGGUCAAAAAAUGUCAAAAAAAUAAAUUUUUUUGAUUUUGAUGUUUUUUGCCACAAAAAUCUUAAAAAUGUUGUUACUAAUCGAAAGCAAAAAGAAUUUUUUAUUUUGGACUUAUUAAAAAAAAGAUAUGACACGAUUUGUAAAAUUUGCUGAAAUUUGAAUUUUUGGGAUAGCGUUUUAACGCUUUGCCAAAAAUGGGGUUUUUUUGUUUUUUGAUAGAAUAUAACGUAUUUUAUCAAAAUAUUUUCAAAAAUGGAUAAAGCCGCAAAAAAAUAUGUAAAAAAAUUGGUUUAAAAUGUACUAACAUGUUUGGGGUACCUUCGUGGUAACUUAUGGUAACGUUUGAUAACUUUUAUAAGAAUAGCACAUAUACAGAAAAAAUCCUCUUAAAAUUUACUACUAUAUACCUUUUUCCAUUUUUGAAUUGAGCUAGCCUAUAAAAAAAUACGAAUAAAUUAAAAAAUCCGCAAUUCCUUUUGCAUCAACCUAAAUAAUAAGAUUAUGUUUGCUUUUGCAAUCCAUUUGUCGCUGCGAUAAAUGGAUUGCACUGUGCGACACAAUAUUUUUUAGUUGAAAUUGAGAUGAAAAAAAGUAUUUUUUUUUAAAUUUUUACUGAUUUUUUCGUGGAAAAAAUUAAUUUUUACCGAUUUUUCACAGAAAAAAUAGAUUUUUUUCACCAUCUGAAGCAUCAAAUUUCAGGCUUUGCUUUCGCUUCGCUUGCGCUCCCCAUUAAUCGCCAUGUCCGCCGAAGAAGUCGCCGUCCCCGAGCCCGUCGUGGAGAACAACAACGCCGAGAAGAGCGAAGAGGUCAAGGGAGUGAAAGAAGUGGAGAAAAAUGCGGAAAAAGUAGAGGAGAAGAAGGAAAAUGGAAGCGAAGAGAAUGGAAAGGAAGAAGAGGAAGAGGAGAAGGAAGAGGAUGAGGACAAAGAGGACGAGGAGGACGAAGAGAACGAGGAGAAAGAGGAGAACGGAAAAGAAACGGAGGAGAAUGGAAAAGCCAAUGGAAAGGAGAAAGCGACGGUACGCAAAAAUGAGCGAUUUUUUUGUUGGAAUUUUAGAGAAAGGAGAAAAAUGAGGGAAAUUUAAGAGACCUUUGACAUCGUACUUGAUAUUAGAAAGUGAUUGUAAAACCAAAAAAUUGAAAAAAACUAAAAAAAAUAGUCAAAAAUUACGAAAAUUUUUGGCAAAAAUAUAAUAGAGAAAACCCCUGCUUCGACCCUUAAAUUUAGACGAAGUUGUCGCUAUCUUAGAACAGAAUUUUUUGCACCGUAUGCGAAGGCGUUGGCUUGUCAUUUGCAGAAAUUUGGGCCAAAAAUGCGAAAAAUUCCUAAUUUUUGCGCCUUUGAAAAGACGUUGAAUAUCUCAGCCACAAUUUCAAAGAGCCUUCUGACAAUUUUUGGGAUUCAUCAGGGAUCUACGUAGAGUAUAUUUGACAAAUUUGAAGAAAAUCCACCCAAAACUUUUUGAAAAAUCGAGAUUUUUUGAAAAAAACUCAUCGUUUCCCCUAUUUUUCGCAAUUUUUUCAUUUUUUCCAUUUUUUCCUAAUUUCUCAUUUUCAGAAGCGCACCUCCGACGUGCACGAGGCCGAGGACGAGCCCUCCGCCAAGAAGGUCAAAUCUGACGACGCGAGCGACGCCGCCGAGCCGGUCGCGGCCGCCGAAUAG